AUGCUGCCUGCUCCCCUGGGCUGGCUGAAAAGGCCACUUGUCAGAAUGCAGGGGGUGUCUUUGCCCCCUAUCCUAGCAGUACAGGUCGUGACUGGUUCUCCUUUGGAGUGCCCAGUGUGGUGCAUGUUCUCAUUAGAAAGGUUCCAUGCUCACUAUGGGUCCCCUGAUUUCUUCUCCUGCACCACUGUCUGCUCCUGUUGUUGGAAAGUUUUGCCUUUCUCCUCUCCUUCGCAUUGCGUCCUUACUUGUCCCUUGUGCUUGCUGGGCAGCUAUCAUUGUAGUGUAUAUAUUUUUUCCUCUCUAGAAAAAGGCCUUGGUGAAGAAUCCACGCUCCGGCCGUUGUAUAUGGAUGUCCAGGCAACUACUCCUCUGGACCCCAGAGUUUUGGACAGCAUGCUCCCUUAUCUAAUGCACUACUAUGGCAACCCACAUUCCAGGACUCAUGCCUAUGGCUGGGAGAGUGAGUCUGCUAUGGAACGAGCCAGGCAGCAAGUUGCAUCAUUAAUAGGAGCAGAUCCUAGAGAGAUUAUUUUUACCAGUGGUGCUACAGAAUCAAAUAAUUUAGCAAUUAAGGGUGUUGCAAGAUUCUAUAAAUCCAGAAAGAAGCAUAUAAUUACAACUCAGACAGAACACAAGUGUGUGCUGGACUCUUGCCGUUAUCUGGAGGCUGAAGGCUUUCGUGUCACAUACUUGCCUGUUAAAAGAAAUGGGCUCAUAGAUUUAAAGGAACUGGAGGAUGCGCUCCAACCAGACACAAGCUUGGUGUCCAUAAUGACUGUGAACAAUGAAAUAGGUGUAAAGCAGCCAAUUAGUGACAUUGGUCAGAUCUGCAGCUCUCGUAAGGUUUUCUUCCACACCGAUGCUGCGCAGGCAGUUGGUAAAAUCCCUAUGGAUGUCAAUGAUAUGAAAAUUGACCUAAUGAGCAUCAGUGGCCAUAAAAUCUAUGGUCCAAAAGGGGUUGGUGCCAUCUAUAUUCGUCGUCGGCCCCGGGUGAGGUUGGAACCCUUACAGAGUGGGGGAGGCCAAGAGAGAGGAAUGCGAUCUGGGACUGUGCCUACACCUUUAGCAGUUGGCCUUGGGGCAGCGUGUGAAGUGUCUCAACAAGAGAUGGAGUAUGACUAUAAGCGAAUCUCUGUAUUGGCGGACCGACUCGUUACAAAAAUAAUGACUGAAAUUCCAGAUGUGGUUAUGAAUGGAGACCCAGAGCAUCACUAUCCAGGCUGCAUCAAUUUAUCUUUUGCGUACGUGGAAGGAGAGAGUCUGCUGAUGGCUCUGAAAGACGUGGCUCUGUCUUCAGGAAGUGCUUGCACAUCUGCCUCUCUGGAGCCAUCCUAUGUGUUACGAGCAAUUGGGACUGAUGAAGACUUGGCUCACUCAUCCAUAAGGUUUGGCAUUGGUCGUUUCACUACAGAAGAAGAAGUAGAUUACACAGUGCAGAAGUGCAUACAGCAUGUCAAAAGGCUGAGGGAGAUGAGUCCACUGUGGGAAAUGGUGCAGGAUGGAGUUGACCUCAAAAGUAUUAAAUGGACCCAGCACUAGGAAAGCAGUUGAGUUGUAACCUUGGACUAGAUGGAUGUGGAUUAAAGUGCAUUUUCUGUACAUUCCUGAGGAAAGUCAUGUGGCAUUUGCUUUUUUACAUAGUCAGUCUGGUGGUAGGGGUCUAAACACAGAAUCUAAGAAACCAGAACUGAGGUGAAGCUGAAUCUCGCACACUUAUUUACGCACAAGAGAACUUGCACUGUGACCUAGCUUCCUUGGAAUUGCAUUUUCUGAUGCAAGAGUGAAACUGGGCCCUUUAACCCUGAUUUCUCUUGCUGCAGAAGAGUCCCUCUGUUAGGAGGUUCGCCUUUCUUGGCAUCACAUACAUGCUGCAGCAGUUCUGUUUGUGGUAAAGCUUUAUUGCCAAGAGCCUUGUUUCACUUACUCUAGUGAUUUUGAUUUGAUUCAGUGACAUUAGUCUCAAACAGCAACCUGCUUUCUGUGUUCAGAUAGUUCUACUUAUAUAAGGCACCUCUAAAGGAAACAGAAAUCUUAGUUUAUGGUUCUAGAAUGGUAUAUACUUGUGUUAAUUGUAUGUUCCAGGUUCAUUCAUAUCUGCAGUUAAGAGCCCCUUUCCCAAUUUAACAAAAGAAUUUUUGCCUUUUCCAGUUUGGUUUAGUUUGAUUUUUGCAGUUCUACCUUCUUACAUUUGUUUCUCUCCUGAUCCUCAUACAGGCCAAUGUGUGUUAACCCAAAGCAUUCUUCCAC